AUGGCACAGCUCUUCCAGAAAGACCCUCGCAAUGCGGGUCUCUUUAUUGGCGGUGAGCGUCUCUCGGGAGCUGAGAUCCGCAACCAGAACGUCCUCGCGGCUCAGUCGAUCGCCAACAUUGUCAAGUCCUCGCUAGGCCCCGUCGGUCUCGACAAGAUGCUUGUGGACGACAUCGGAGACGUCACCAUCUCGAACGACGGCGCCACCAUCCUCUCGCUCCUUGAGGUGGAUCAGCCAGCAGGUCGCAUUCUCGUAGAAUUGGCACAGCAGCAGGACAAGGAGGUCGGCGACGGAACCACAUCGGUCGUCAUCAUUGCCGCUGAGCUUCUGCGUAGAGCCAACGAGCUGGUCAAGAACAAAAUUCACCCCACCACCAUCAUCACCGGUUACCGUCUCGCGUGUCGCGAGGCCUGCAAGUACCUUCAGGACCAGCUCUCCACCAAAGUCGACACUCUUGGCAAGGAAUCGCUCAUCAAUGUCGCCAAGACCAGUAUGUCGAGCAAGAUCAUCGGUGCCGACGACGACUUCUUCGCACAGAUCGCCGUCGAUGCUAUGCUCGCGGUCAAGACGGUCAACCCGCGCGGUGAGACCAAGUACCCUGUCAAGGCGGUCAACGUUCUCAAGGCACACGGCAAGUCGGCACGCGAGUCGCUCUUCAUCAACGGUUACGCGCUCAACUGCACCGUCGCCUCGCAAGCCAUGAAAACCCGUGUCAAGAACGCCAAGAUUGCCCUUCUCGAUAUCAACCUCGUCAAGCAGCGCAUGCACCUCGGCGUUCACAUUACCAUUGACGACCCGGAACAGCUCGAGAAGAUCCGAGCGCGAGAGAGCGAGAUCGUGCUGGAGCGUGUCCGCAAGAUUCUGGCUACAGGUGCCAACGUCAUCCUCACCACCAAGGGCAUCGACGAUCUUUGCCUCAAGGAGUUUGUCGAAGCGGGUGCGAUGGCAGUGCGACGAUGCCGCAAGGAGGAUCUGCGCAGGAUUGCCAAGGCCACUGGUGGUCAGCUCGUCAGCAGUUUGAGCAACUUGGACGGCGAAGAGACCUACGAGGCGAGCAGUCUCGGAACCGCCGACGAGGUGGCCCAGGAGCGCAUCAGCGACGAUGAGCUCAUUCUGAUUCGAGGCACCAAGACCGUCAGCUCCAGCUCGAUCGUGCUCCGCGGAGCCAACGACUACUUGCUGGAUGAGAUGGAGCGAGCGCUGCACGACAGUCUCUGCGUCAUCAAGCGUACUCUCGAGAGCGGUUCCGUCGUCCCUGGUGGUGGAGCUGUCGAGUCGGCGCUCAGCAUCUACCUCGAGAACUUUGCCACCACGCUCGGUAGCCGAGAGCAGCUCGCCAUCGCUGAGUUCGCCCAGGCGCUUUUGGUCAUCCCCAAGACCCUCGCUGUCAACGCAGCCAAGGACAGCACCGACCUUGUGGCCAAGCUACGUGCCUACCACAACGCGGCGCAGAACGCGAAUGCGGGCGACCCCAAGAAGGCGCUCCGCUUCUACGGCUUGGAUUUGCUCAACGGUCAGGUGAGGGAUAACCUCAAGGCAGGCGUGCUCGAGCCCACGGUCAGCAAGGUGAGGAGUCUCAAGUCGGCGCUCGAGGCAGCCACGAGUCUGUUGCGUAUCGACGAUGCCAUCACCAUUGCUCCAGAACAGCCGGCGGAGGAUCCCCAUGCUCACAUGUAA